AUGGCGUUUAAUAACCCUAAGCUGUUUAUUAAUGGGGUUUCUUCAGAAAUUACAGAAACAUCGUUAAAAGAACACUUCAAUAAGUAUGGUGAAGUUAAAGAAGUUCUUAUUAUUGCUCUCAAAAACAUCGGUUUUGUUACUUUUUUUGAUCCUUCCAUGGCUCAAAAUGCCCUUCAACAUGAACAUAUUAUUCUUGGUCGGAAGGUUGAGGUGAAAUCAGCGAAACCAAAAGUGUCAAUCAACGAUAGAAAAAUAUUCGUGGGAGGGUUACCUCAUGCCAUAACCCACGAAGACUUCACACAAUAUUUUGAUGCAUUCGGCACCAUCACCGAUGCAGUCAUAGUACCCAAUAGCCAAACCAAAAUAAGCAGAGGGUUCGGAUUUGUGACUUAUGAUUCGGAGGAAGCGGUAAAGCGAGUUUUGAAAAAUAGGUGCCAUUCCGAAGGUGAAGCUGGUGAAGAAUUUUGCUGA